GUGACGCUGAGGAGACUACAAAUAAGGUGCACCGAACGGGACAACGCAUUGUUGAAACUUCAAGAAGGUACAGUGCUUCUUCAGACAGCAAGACAUCUAGAACAAUGACUCUAGACAUUGGAUCCUGGGACCUGGCGUGCGAGUUCAAUAACAUGGACCACCACACGGAGCUAAAUGGCACGGACCGGCUGAUUGUGAGGAGAGGACAGCCCUUCACUGUCAGCCUGAGCCUGCGCUCUGGCUCCUACCAGCCGGGAACCCACCAACUCUGCAUCACAGCAGACACGGGAAAACAGCCGAUGGAGGAGUAUGGCACCAGGGCUGUUUUUGGCCUGAGCGAUGUUAUUGAUAACACUCAUUGGAGUGCUGUGGUAACCAGUCCCCCUGCGGACACGAUCACCUUGUCCAUCUGUUCUGCCCCUGAUGCACCUAUUGGCCGCUACAUACUGACUUUGGACAGCCAGAUUCAGUUUGAGCUGAUCUUGCUGUUCAACCCUUGGUGUCCUCGUGAUGCAGUGUACAUGGACAGUAAAGACAAGCUAGAGGAGUAUGUUUUGGCUCAGGAUGGCAUCAUCUACAGGGGUGAUGCUAAAUAUCCUGUCCCUUUACCAUGGUACUUUGGCCAGUUUGAAGAUAGCAUUCUGGAUAUAUGUCUGAGAAUUCUGGAUGUGAACCCAAAAUACCAGAGGAAUCCUGGGAAAGACUGCUCUGGACGCAGAAACCCUGUAUACGUCACCAGAGUGCUCAGUGCUAUGGUGAACAGUAAUGACAGAGAUAAUGGGGUAUUAGUAGGCUGCUGGAAGAACUCAUUUGAAGAUGGAAUCAGUCCCAUGUCAUGGAAGGGGAGCGUGAACAUUCUAAGGAACUGGAAUUCCACUUCCUGUAUGUCUGUCCGCUAUGGUCAGUGCUGGGUGUUUGCAGCUGUUGCCUGUACUGUGUCUCGUGCUCUGGGGAUCCCGUGCAGAGUGGUGACUAACUACCUUUCAGCCCACGACACCAACACCAACCUGGUGAUUGAGCGCUACUAUGAUGAAAAGGGCCAGCUGUUGAACAGCACCAGAGACAUGAUUUGGAACUACCAUUGCUGGGUGGAAAGCUGGAUGACUCGCCCUGACCUGAAAGCAGGCUUUGACGGCUGGCAGGCCAGUGACCCCACACCCCAGGAGAAGAGUGAGGGGGUGUACUGUUGUGGGCCAGUCCCUUUGCAAGCGAUAAAGGAGGGCGAGCUCACGCUGAAGUAUGACGCUCCAUUCGUGUUUGCGGAGGUCAAUGCAGAUUUGGAAACGUACCUGAAGUAUAAGGAUGGCAGCAUGAAGAGGCUCUAUGACAAGAGCAAGGUUGGCCAGAAGAUCAGCACCAAGAGUGUGGGAAGUGACCAGCGAGAAGACAUUACACACCUAUACAAGUACGCAGAAGGUUCUGAUGAGGAGCGUGAGGUGUUUCAAAAAGCCAACCACCAAAACAAACUACUUAAGCAGCAGGACAACACUGGCCUCCACAUCACCAUCAAGGUCUCCGCGGAGAUGCGAAAAGGUUGUGACUUCGAUGUCUUCGCCUUGGUUACCAACAGCACAUCUGUGGAUAAGAAGUGCCGCCUGGUGUUUGCCUCCCGCGCUGUGGCCUACGAUGGAACUAUUGGGCAGGAGUGUGGGUUUAAAGACCUGCUGAAUGUGGAACUACCUCCUGGAGGAGAGCGGAAAGUCCCCCUGAGGUUGAACUACAGUAAAUACUGCAAUGCUAUAACUCAGGACAAUCUUAUCCGUCUUGGCGCCUUGCUUAUAGACUACAGCACCAGAGAUGCCAUUCUGGACAUGCGUACCAUUGUCCUUGAAAACCCAGAGAUCUGUAUCAGGAUCCUGGGAGAGCCAAAAGUGAACCGCAGACUGGCAGCAGAAGUUACCUUACAGAACCCACUAUCAGAACCAUUGGAGGCAUGUUGCUUCAGCAUAGAGGGAGCCAACCUCACUGGGAACAAGCCCAUAACAGAAAUGAUCCCAACCCGAGUGGAACCUGGUCAGGAAGUCAAGGCCAAAAUCUACUUCACACCCACCCAUUGUGGCGUACGCAAACUUUUGGUGGAUUUUAACAGCGACAAACUGGGACAUGUUAAGGGAUUCAGGAAUGUGAUCAUUGGCAAAUAAGUGCCCUUUAAUACUCCAGUAUAGCCAAGCUAGAAGAUGCUAGUGUGGGAAAGUGUUUGCACAGUGUUUGCACAGUGUUGCAAAGCUUGUGUUAAUGUAAAACAAGAAUGUGAAAAGCCAAAUUUAUAAUUUCUGUGUCAUGAAAUUGUGAGAAAUUCAUGUUCUGUAUUGGGUAUUAUUAACAUUAUAUUACUUUCUAAAACCAGGCUGUUAUAUGUAAUUCUAAUAAUACAUUAGUCUGGUCCUUUUUAAAUAAUCCUUUGUGAACCUUGAGAAUACUGUAAUACCAUGUAAGAACAUGCUGGUUGAGAAGAAAACGGUACUGAAAUGUGUAUUUUACUUCUAAGACUUGUCAGCAUGUAGGUGUUUUUGAGGACAUUUAGAAUAGAGCAUUACACACAUAUAUGGGGAUGACUAUGUGCACAUACAUUAAGGUGUACACAUGAACUAUGGCACUGCCCAUUUACUUUGGACUUAAUCAAACAUUACAAAUAGGAAAAACAUUUCAAUCUGUUGAGAGCAGUCUAUCACCAACUGGCAUUCCAGCAUUCAUGUCCUACAGCUAAUGCUACAUCUACUGACCUGGGCAAAGUUUAAUAGGCUUUCUCACAGCUUUACAUUGCAAAAUUUCAUAAAGUUCCCCCACUGACUAACACAAAGAAGGGCUUUUUAUACAGCUUCAGCAUUAUCAUUCAACUUCCAUUUGGCAACGAUUGUGAAAUUGACAGUGUUUGUAUAAGGAGGUGUGGUGAAAAAAGAACACCUACAAACCUACAGUAUAUGCAAAGAACAAUAGUAAUUUUCAGUUCAGAUCUGACCUGGAGCUUUAAAAGAUCAUGGACCUUUAGCUCAGGAAGUGAGUGUUCAUAUUAAUAAAAUUAAAUAUGUACCAAAUAUG